AUUGGAUUUUUAUGCCAAGAAACGCUCUCUGCAUCUUAAUCUUUCAUGUCCUCUGUUCUAUUUCAUCAUCCCCAGCUGUCUCUGCUUCAAAUGAUAUUUUACCAAUAUGAUCAAUGAUUUACGAUAAAUUCCAUACCUAAGUCGGGCGUUUUUUUUGCUUUAACCUUUCAUGUAAAAUCCCUGUUUCUGAGCACUCGUGAAAUGAAUUCUCGUACCCAAAUCUGGAAUUUUCAGAAACCGAACUGAAGCGAAUCAGUUUCUUGAUUUGUUCCUUGUCAGUAGAGUAUGCUCUUAGAUAAUGGACCGGAUAUGUCAGACAUGUCGGCGUUUCAGACAUUCGAUAACCAGUUUAACUUCAGUUCUACCGCAAAGCUUAGGCACUUACCAGUUCAGAAUCCCCAUAAACGGUAUUGCACGCUCGAAUCGUCGACGAGCAGCUUGGCCGGGAUCAAUCCUUCCGUUUACGAUCCCUUUUCAUCCAAGUCUUUACAGAACAACUCUCCGGAUCAUGGCUCUUCUUCGCUGAGCGGUUCUUGCGUGACGGAUGAUGUCAAUGACUUGAGGCACAAGUUAAAGGAGCUCGAGACGGCGAUGCUGGGGCCCGACUCCGAGGUUUUUGAUUGCUUGGACUCCACGGAAUCUACGACUGCUUGCCAAGACAUUGACAGUUGGAGGACGACAUUUCAGGCGAUCUCAAGACGGGAUCUAAGGACAGUGCUUGUGUCUUGCGCAAAGGCAGUUUCGGAUAAUGACCUUUUGAUGGCUCAGUGGAUGAUAGACGAGCUCCGUCUGAUGGUUUCGGUUUCUGGUGAGCCGAUCCAACGGUUGGGAGCUUACCUGCUAGAGGGGCUCGUAGCUCGGCUAUCCUCCUCGGGUAGUUCUAUAUACAAGUCCCUUAACCGAUGCCCCGAACCCGCAAGCACGGAUCUUCUUUCAUAUAUGCACAUUCUCUAUGAGGUUUGCCCUUAUUUCAAGUUCGGGUACAUGUCAGCGAAUGGAGCCAUUGCUGAAGCCAUGAAGGAGGAAAACCGAGUCCAUAUCGUCGAUUUCCAGAUCGGGCAGGGAAGCCAGUGGGUGACUCUGAUCCAAGCUUUCGCGGCUAGGCCCGGCGGUCCACCACGGAUACGCAUAACGGGUAUCGACGAUAUCACGUCGGCAUAUGCUCGUGGAGGCAGCCUGAGUAUUGUCGGCAACAGGCUUGCCAAGUUGGCAGGUCAGUUCAAGGUGCCUUUCGAGUUCAACGCGGUAUCGGUGUCGGGAUCCGAGGUCAAACCCGAGAAUCUCGGCAUCCGACCUGGCGAAGCUCUUGCAGUGAACUUCGCCUUCGUGCUUCACCACAUGCCUGAUGAGAGCGUCAGCACUGAGAAUCACAGGGACCGGUUACUGAGAAUGGUGAAGGGCCUAUCUCCCAAGGUAGUGACACUGGUGGAGCAAGAAUCGAACACGAAUACAGCCGCUUUCUUCCCGAGGUUCAUCGAGACAAUGAACUACUAUACCGCCAUGUUCGAGUCCAUAGACGUUACGCUCCCACGGGACCACAAGCAGAGGAUCAACGUGGAGCAGCAUUGCCUGGCUAGGGACGUGGUGAACAUCGUGGCCUGCGAGGGGACAGAGCGGGUCGAGCGGCACGAGCUACUCGGGAAAUGGAGAUCGCGGUUCGAGAUGGCGGGCUUCGAUCCAUACCCUCUGAGCUCGCUGGUGAAUUCCACCAUUGAAGGCCUGCUCAAGAACUAUUCCGACAAGUACCGGCUCGAGGAGAGGGAAGGAGUGUUGUAUCUAGGUUGGAAAAACCGCGACCUGGUCGUGUCCUGUGCCUGGAAAUGAGACCGAAGCUUCGGUCGGAAAUACUUUGUGUUGGAAGCUCGUUUCUCGGCUACUAGCUUCUUCUUCUUCAGUUCUGGCAGUUGCAAGCAAAUAAGUGUUUCAUAUAUGCACUGAUUUGAUCGGAUUAGAAAUGUGGUGUCUCAAUUGCAAGUUUUAUAUAGUUAUGGGUCGGUAUACGAGAGAUGGAAAUGUUUGGGGUUUAUUUUGCCUUGUUUA